GUGCCAGAAGAUAAUGUGUCGAGAGGAAAAGUCAUAAAAAGAUGGUAUUUCCCUCGAAAUGUCUCGCAUUUGUCAAGCAGAAAUUCAUCUAAGAAAAUGACAAUUCUUUCUAGGCGAAUUAUUGCUUGAUAUACGCUUCUGGAGUCAAAAGGGAAGUGUUUGUCUCGACCAUCCAUUUGUGUUGGGCUGGAGUUGUGUGUGUCAAAUAGCAAAAUUCUUCACGUUUGGGAUGAAUUCGACAAGGUACUGACCAGUGCUACUAUUUCUUGGAGGGAAGAUUAAUUGAUAAUCAAAAGUGGUACGUUUUUCUCGGGGUUACGGGAAAGAAAACUUAACAAACGAAGUCAGAAGCCGAGGUUUGUCGUCCUCGCUCCCGUCCUGGAUCUUAAGGUCCCUAAUGUGUCGAGAGGAAAAGUCUUAAAAAAAUGCGCUUUCCUUGGGAAAUAUUUUUCGAAUUUGUCGAGGAGGAACUCAGACGCCGAGGUUUGUCGGCUUCUAGGACACAGAAUCCACAUGGAUUACGUCAAAUUAACUUGGACGAAAUCUGGGAUGAUCUUGAAAAAGGAAUUCAAGACGUUCACGAGCAACAGAGUGUGUCAAAGCCACGCUAUAUGGAGCUUUAUACGUAUCCUUUUAAUGAGAAAUUUUACUGUACUAUGAUCAUGAAGUUGGCUUCCUUUGAGAGGUUAAAGCCAGCUUAAAUGUAUUGAUAAACGGAUUCAAGAUAGUAAUAAUCCGGUUGUUUAGUAUUCAAAUAGUUCAACAGUCUAAUCACCUCAUUUUUAUAGAGGUCAUGAAAUUCGGUUUGUUUAAUGUUAUGUUUUAGUUUGCACUUUCUCUUUGUUCCUGUCGAAUCUUUAUUGAAUUGAAAUGAAGUUGACACCUGACUCUUAUCAAAUUCUGGUCCCAGGACCUCAGUUUCAACGGAUGUGGGAAUUGAGCUAACAGCUCAUGUUCGAUAUAUUAAAAUUCUAACAUGACUCUAAGGCUUUAGGGUCAAAAUUGCAAAUUUUCUACGACUCCAUUGUCUCACAAUUCUCAGGAGAGAUUUGAGCACAAAGAACACCAAACCAAAUACAGAAAAAUGACCAGAAAGCCUCGAAGUCAUGUUAGAAUUUUAAUAUAUUGAACGUGGGCCAUUAGAAAUAAUCUAUCUUUUUCAAUGUCAUCAUCUCUUUUCUACAAUAAUUUGGCUAGAGUACAUUGCAAAGCAGCCUAUCCUUGUGAAAUGAAAGAAGCCAAGUUGUGUUUCUUCAAUCACACUAACUUACAGAGGUAACGUCAAAAGGGAAGGGAAGGGGAUGGGGGGUCUCUGAUGGGCUCUUUUUUGGAUCAAAGAUUUGAAUUCUUCAGGCUAGCAUUGGCAUUAUCAGAGAAAAAGAGUUUUCUAAGCAGAUGCAAGAAGAAUGUAGUAACUGUUAUUCUUAACAGGACAGGUGAUUUUGGGUGAUUUUCAUGAUUCCAGAUUCAGGAAAAUAAUCUUGUGUAAUAGAAUUUACUUCCACCAGAGCCAUGAAUUGCAGUCACUUUUGACCCACUUGCUGUGACAGGGCUCAAAGUUUAAAUUUGAGUUUAGGAGCACUUGUGCUACCAGAUGUACAUUUUUAGGCACACAGCUGAAAAUUUAAGGAGCACAGCUUACAAUGUUAAGAGCAUCUAUUUCAAAAGAAAAAGUAACAAGCUUAACAGUGCCACAUUUUUAUGUUAUCUUCAGUUUGUUACUUUUAUUUCAAGCCUGUGAUUGAUAAAAGACAGCGAAUUUGCUAUGCAGUAAUACUGUUGUGAUGUUUAAUACUAAUUUCCCUUUUUAACAGUACAGUUGUGACUAAAGAAAACUUACACUUGAAAAAAGUGCACAACAACAAUGAGUAUGUAGAAUGAGAAUGAAAAUUAAUCUUUCAUGAAUUAUUUUGUUAAAUGUGCAAUGACUUACAUAUUACUGGGUUGUGACUUAAAAACUUUCUUAACUGGAAGAAAAAAAAUGCUCUUAAUCCGUACUGUUUUUGUUUUGAUAUGCUUGACACUCUUGACCUUAGAACGAUCAUUUCCCAAGAAGCAUGUGUUCGUCCGUAGCAUACAUGUAUUUGCAUGUGUCACCAGCAUUUAUUAUAAACCAGAAGAGUCUGGGAUGGAGUAAAACAUCAAAUUUGAGCUCGUGGAAUCCGUCGGGAGAAAGAAUGAAUUAAGCAUACCCAGAUGAAAUGAAAACAAUAGGGCCAUUUAUACAAGGAAAAAUAAGACGCGAACUGUACCAUUUAUACGAGCAUGUCUUAUCUAAUAAGACGCGUCUUAGCUAAGCAGUGUCUUAUUUUAGACGAAAUGUGCCAUUUAUACGGAAAGUUUGCGUCUUAUUUUUCCUCGUAUAAAUGGCCCUAAUGUAACUUUAUUAUUUAGAGCCUGGUUGUGGUAUUUCUACAUUACUUUUACUUUCAUUGCGUGAAGUUACUGUUUAAUUAACAUCUUACUAGUUCGAGUGCAUAAGUAUGUUCAAGCUAGGAAGCAGUGAAGCAAGUCAAUCGUACUGUGCUUUGGAUUUUGUGGUGCACAGGUGCAAUAAAUAUUUAUUACACAUGAUUUUUUAGGAGCGCAACCAAAACUCCUGUCACAUAUGUGACCAGUUAGUUGUUAACUUUGAGCCCUGUGUGACCAUACCACUUUUCCUAUCUGGCUUUUUUGCACUAGGCCCUUAAGGACCAAACAAUGGGGAUUUUUUAAGACUUUUUUGAUGAUACAAAAAUAACAUUUAUUUGAUUACAACAGGAUUUUUUAAGACUUAUCUUUGGGGUCCAAAUUUCAGGAUGGAGGGAACAUUUUGGUUGAAACGAUGGCAUUGAAGAACUGUAUUAGAGAAUGGUAUUUUACCAAGGUGUGCAAAAUCAUCUAAAUUCAAGAUCCCUGACAACUUUACAAAGUCAGAUGUGUUUUAACGGAUUUUUUCUUUUAUCAGUGUUGUUUUAUGUUAUGUAUAAUUAUUUUGGGGGGUAUCAGUAGUCUUUUGCUUUUCACAGAGAAAGUCUUGAAUCCUUUUUUUGUUUUUUUUGUCUUUUUUGGCUUCCAUUUUCACUUUUUUUUGCAUUGGCUUUUCAGUUUUGACCAACAUGAAAGAAGUUUCAGAUUUUGCUUUCAUAUAUAUCCAAUUUUCAGUUUAAAGCAAAAAAGAAUGUUCCUAAAAAGAGGAAGUACAAGCUUAAACUGAUGCAGCUGUGAUUUUUUAAGACUACAGUGUGAUAAAAUUUAAAGCCAAUUUCUUCAUUUUAGAUUAACUUAAAACUAUCUUACAGCUCUAAUGUUUUAUUUGUUUUUGGCACUGUAAGCAAAUAAUCCAGACUUGUGUUUAUUCAUGUAAAUGACAUAUCUGUUGUCAUGAAACCAGGCAGAGAAAAGAAAAAGAGGCUGGCUUUGCUAUAGAAUUUUGCAGGAACACAAUAAUGCAAGUCACCCAUUCUUUUUAACAUGGUUUGACUUUCUUAGAAUUCAACAAUUUACAGGGUCAGAAAUCACAACCAGCUGGUUGACAUACAGCUAGAAAUUGAGAGCUGAUGACCAGAAUUUUAAUUUCCUUCCAUUAGGUAACAAAGAAGCUGCUAAAGAGCUUUUUUCAAGGGCUAGAUAAAGCAUGGGUUUCAGAGAUAAAAGAAUUUGAUAUUGCUAAGUUGAGAAACAACAAAUCAUGGAAACAACAUGGCAGCUUGCAUCUUGACCGCCUUGUGGUUAAAAAAACUGGGGUCAAAAUUCCCUUCUGUGCAGUUUUGAACCUCUAUUUUAAGGGCUUUGUGAUUUUUUUUAGUCUCCUAUACAUAUGUCCCUCCAUUGGCUAGGUUAUAUUGUCUUUAUGUUCCUUGACGGUUUCUAGACAUGUAUAUAAUUGCUUGACUAGUGUUCAUCAGCAGUCUCAGUCAAGAGUUCGUGGAGGUGAGUAUUGUCAAUGCAAUUGUGCAAAAUUUUCUGCAAUAAUUUGUUGUGUUAAGGUUACCGCUAUAUACCUUCCAGGGCCCAGUUGUUUGAAGGCCGAUUAGUGCUUAACCCUCUUGUGUUCAAAAGCAUUUUCUCUGAUAAUUUUCUCUGUUAUUUGUAGAGUUUCCAAUCAUCAACUUGUAGACAAAAAGAAUUAAAACUGAAAUGCCUUUUAAGCUUUCAUAUAUGAAUUCAAAUCUCACACUAACCCUGGGUUAUCUUAACCCAGCUUUGAACAACUUGGCCCAGGGUGUCUCACCGCGACACAUUUUUUUAGCUCUCUGACUUCCAAAAGACUAGAAUAAUCAGAUAAGUGAAAAACAAACAUCACAUUGAGUUUUAGCUUUCAAGAGCUGUUUCAGACUCUCACAUUAAAAAAUCAUAAACGAAUUGACAGCCGCUCAAUAAACUUUAAUUGGGUAUCUCUAACCUUAAGAUCAAGUUGCAGUGUCAGCGGUUUUACCACAGGCUGCUUGUACAGUGUUCUUGUUUAAACGUGUUGCUUUCAGUGAUUGUCAAGGCUGGUCAUAAGCAGUUUAGGUUUAUUCUGAAACAAGGAAAUUGAGAAUCAUUCCAGGUUAAAAACCUAUAAUCUGAAUUUGGUUUUUACCUUAGGUGUAUAACAUUUAUAUUUAGGCUAUCCACAGUGAAAAGUUUUCUCUUGCUUUUAUAGAACAACCUAAGUCCUCUAAAAAUAGUUUAGCUAAUGUUGAGUUUGGAAUGGCAUUACAGCUUAAUAAUAAAGGCUUGUUGGGUAGAAAUAUACUCCCAUUUUAUUUCCAAGAUGGCAACACAUCUUCUCCAAACACUCUCAUUUCAAAGCUAUAAUGCCACAUCAAAUCUGAAUGUGUGAUCUGUGAUUCUGCAAAACUGGUUUCCUUUUUUUUAGACUGCUUGCAGUCCGUCGUUUCUCUUAAAAUCCAUCUAGUUCUUAUCUCAUCCAGCGCGAUUGCAAACCACGACAUUAUUAUUACAAUUGAGACGAGCGAGAAAAGACGGACUGCUGACUCUUUUGUAGUAAACAAACCCUCGGUCAGCCCAGAAACGGAGUAACCGAUUGGUCAAUUGCACAGCUGUUGACAGAGCAUUAACUGGUCUGUGGUGAAAUUGCAAGCAAUAAAUAUAGUCAUGCAUCACAACCAACUGCAAACAAUAGCGAACCAAGCAGUAAUCUCAGUAAUAAAACUUUUAAGGAUAUCUUGCAGAAGGAAACUGCUGUAAAUUUCCUCAAGAGAAGUGAACUCAAGGCAAUCCUACCAGAUUUAAAGAAAGUGUAAUUUUUUCAGUUGUUUAUGUUCUAGUUAUAAAUCGUUUCAAGUUACUCGGUGUAAUUGAUUAAUUAUAUUACCUUGACAGCUUCGUUGUCCCCAGACAGAACAAAAGAGUCAGCAGUCUCUUAUUUUUUCUUCUCGGGCUUAUGCCCUCGUUUCUCAUGGUUCGCGGCUUCGUCACUCGCGUGCUUAGGUAUCGCAUGGAGUAACUUUGCAAAGAAAAAUAAGAGACUGCUCACAGUCUACCUUUUUUUCAAACACAUUAUCAUACAUUACCUUACCCCUUAAAACAAGGGAAUAUAAAAUUGAUUUUAAACCAAAGAUAAAACUACACCACCACAUUAUUAUCAAUUCUACAAUGUAGCUCCCAUCUUUAACUGCCUCCUUAGAGUUGUUAUUACAUUUACUGUGAGGGACAGUCUAACCUCUCCUUACGGACACCUCUAUAAUACGGACACCUCUCUAUUGCGGACAGUUCCUUUGGUCGCAGAAAAGCCAAAAAUCAUACAUUUCCUAUCUCUAUAAUAUGGACACCUCUGUAAAGCGGACACUUGGUUCUGUCCCUUUGGUGUCCGUAUCAACGAGGUUUGACUGUAGUCCAAAGUUUAAGCUAACUAUUGACUCAGUCACUUUACCUUACUUUACAGGGGCUCAAUUUGUUGGUCAUGAAUUGUACAAAAGACUAAAGGAACUUGUCACAGCUUACCUCACAGGCAUGCAAAUGGUAAGUAAACUCACUUGUGGUAUGCCUGGCCAGGCUUUAAAUUACUCAUGCACAUUACACACAUAAGUUGCGUUUAAACCACUUGUUGUUAAGACCCGUAAUUUUAUAUAUAAACAGAGUGUGUCAGUUUAUAAUGACUUAGUUCAGCCAUAUUUUAAGUAUUUUUCUCUUUUGUGGGACACCUACAACAGAUUAUUGAAAGAUAAGUUGUAAAGAUUCCAGGCACGUGCUGCUAGAAUUCUCACAGGUGCCAGUUAUGAUAUUCGCUCUGCAGACUUAAUUGACUCUCUUUUCUUGGCAAACACUUAAUGAUAGAUGGCGCUGUGCAAAGUCAAUGUUGUAUAAAAUCAAUAUUAAAUGACCACACUGCCCCCAGCCUGAGGAACUCUUUGGUUAGAAGGAAUGUUGAUCAAAAACAUUUUUUCUUUCAAUAAUUUCACACUUUCCACAUGCAUAUUAGUGCAAUUAACAAAUAAAGAGACAAAAUUAGUCAAAUUCCCUUGAGAACAUCAGUGGCUUGAAUUGGAAAAUAAAACGUACAAGCUAAAAAGGUCUAAAAAAUAAAAUUUAAAAACUUUAUUGCUCUUACAUUUAAUUUUCAUCUCAGGAUGGUUCAGACCUUAUGGAUGAAUCAGUGCUGAAGUUCUAUACCCAGCGCUGGGAGUAUUACAGGUUUUCAAGCAAGGUUUUGAAUGGGGUUUAUGCAUAUCUAAAUCGACACUGGGUGCGACGAGAGUGUGAUGAAGGAAGGAAGGGCAUAUAUGAAAUUUACUAUGUGAGUUGGUGCUUCCUGUUGUUAUUGAUGUAAUAAUUAAAUGUAUUGGUUUGUAUAAAACCAUUAUGAGAAUUAUUGUGUCGGGGGAUCUACUGUAGCAGUGUUGACGUAAACGUUGUUGUUUUUGCAGCUUGCUUUAGUGACCUGGAGGGAGAAUUUGUUUAGACCUCUUAAUAGACAGGUACUAUAACUAUCGUUCUAAGAGAACUACUGUCUUGAUUAAAUUUUUUAGCUCAUCAGUACAGUGCAUGCAUGUAUUUCAUAUCCCUGGUGCUUUUAUCAAGCUAUUCAUCUGCAAAUAACACAGUGCUACAAUUACGUACUCUUCCUAUACGGUUGUUUUGUUUCACAAGAAUGACUUAAGAACAUGACAAGAGUCAGCUUCAGAGGUCUUUGUUACCUUCCAUUCAGUCCUUUGUAUUAUUAGCAACAGCAAUGAUAGAAGGAAAAACAACAAAAAAAUCUAAAAGCGCUAUUUGCAGAUAAACUUUCAAUAAUGCAUAUUGUAUUAAAUGCAAUGCAUGGACUAUUUAUAUUCAUGAAUUAUCUUUUUAUCUGGAAACAGAGAUUAUUGCUUUUUUUGAAUGUAUACCUAAUCAGAAGGAGAGGCAAAUAUACAUGUAAAGUGGUUUGACUAGAUACUUGCCUGUAAAUGUGGUUAUCAUGUUGUUUUUUCCAAUUUCAUUUUUUUUUUUGCAGGUGACAAAUGCUGUGUUGCGGUUAAUUGAGAGAGAAAGAAAUGGUGAAAUAAUCAACACCAGACUCGUCAGUGGAGUAAUACAGUGUUAUGGUAUGUGAUCAAAAUACAGUGGAACCUCAAUAAACCUCAUUAUAGCAAACAAAUUUUGACAGUCCCUUGGGCCUUUGUUAUAUGAAGUUCCACUGUACUAUGGAAUUGCAAAAGUCACGUCCUAUCAUAUAUGUUUGCAGGGAUGUCGCUAAUAGCCAGCUGUCAGCUACAUGUAAUUUCACUGGCUGAAUAGAGCUUAUCACUGCCUCAAAUUGCUCUAGGAAACCCAACACAUGGGCAAUUUUGAGAGUGAAGUUGGAGAAAAAUCCAGCUUGACAAAUAAAAAAGCCUGCUUAGAUUUUCCUUAGCUACAUCCUUGUGUUGAAAAUUAGGUGUUAAACUGUAAGACGGCUGUGACUGCAAGACUGCUGAAAUAAAUGUUAAAAAUGCAGGCAAAAUCUCUUACUGAGCAAGGAAAGUAAUGCACAUACAUGUACAGUCAAACGGUUAACCUGUGAAUAGUGGUCAUGCUUGGGAAAUGGCAAGGUAACCGUUAUAUACAGGGUGACUGCUAUAUACACGGCCAUUAUAUACAGGUUUCACUGUAAUAUCAUACAUGUGUGUCUGCUCUGUGGGUUGUUCUAACUCAAAAUAAUUGUCAAUUAAGAAAACAAUUAGUCAUCCUUAGAAUAUCAUGCACUAUUCAACGACAAUUAACUGUUCUUCAAGUAUUUGAAGAGGUUCUCGGAAAAAUAAGAGCUUUAAGUGACCUGAUAAACUUCCACAUUUCCCUUCCAAAUUAUGUUGUAUUUGUAAAGGUAAUAGCAUGAUUUGUAGUGAUAUUUGACAUAAAUACCACGAGUGAUAUUUCGAAAUUGUUAUAUGUAAUUUCACGAGCCGUUAGGCAAGUGAAAUUUGAGACAAUUUUGAAAUAUUACCAGUGGUAUUUAUGCCAAAUAUCACGUACAAAUCAUGCUAUUAUUUGUUUAUACUACUACCCACAAAAGGUUUGUAAUUUUCACAUGUAGGUAUCUCAAAUUAAGCUGAAAUACCACUGCUCUAAGCCAAUCAAAUUGCAGAAAUUUCUCAUGUAGUAGUAUAAUGCUUGUAAAAUAGUCAGAGAAUUGGACAAUAAAAUUGAUUACAGUCACUUAGGGUCAUUUUUUAUGCACCCUUGGAUUGUGGUUGCAUGAUCUCCAGUUUCUUCUGUAUUUCGUUUUAACAAUAUAAUUUGAUGAAUAGUACAAGUACAAAUUUUUUGUCUGUUUGUUUUUAUUUUCACAGUUGAACUUGGCCUUAAUGAGGAUGAUCCCUCUGCCAAAGGGCCCACCUUAAACGUUUACAAAUCAUCUUUUGAGUCAGUAUUUUUAGAUGAUACAGAAAGAUUUUACACUACAGAGAGUACAGAAUUUCUAAGAGAAAACCCUGUUACAGAGUAUAUGAAAAAGGUAUGAUAAUGUUUUCCUAUUUAUCAUGUUUACAAUAUAGAGUAAAAAGUCCCUAAAUUUUAGCAGGAGUCCUGGAAAUGUCCUUGAAUGCAAUAAAUCUUUGAAAAGUCCUUGACUUUUGCCACGAGUCCUUGAUUUAUCCACGAAUUUCUCCCAGACUUGGAUAUGGCAAAAUAAAGCUGAGGUCUCAAGCCCAGAUUUGACUAUUCCUGUUUUUCUGAAUCAUACCAAUCACCCUUCCUUACACUUGCAUACCAUCCUGCUAAAUGUCACUAAUUUGAUAUCAAUAUCAUCAAAAGCACAUAAAAAUAUAGUUAUAACCCAAUUUAAAGGAAAGAUUAAAAACUAAAGGCUACUAUAGUAUGUUAUUAAACUUUUGGAGCCAGACAACCAAGUUGGCCAUAUAAUCAUCUCAUAUCCAACAAGUGUGAGUAGAAUAACAAUUGUUUUAUUAAAAAUGCCCGCAAAGUAUUGAAAAUUCUUCCCGACUUUAUUUGUAAAAACAGCCGAUUUUCAGCCUGUUUUGAGCAGACACGUACAGUUACCAUAUUUGGAGAGCAUGGUAAAGUGGCUCAUAUACCAUGAUGGCUAAGCCAAUCAGAGCUCUAGAAUUGCAUUAUCCAAAGAUUCAGUUUUUAAUAAAGUGUAUCAUAGGUGGCCAGAUAUUAAUUAUAGUUCAUGUCAUUGAUGUAAACCUGAUUGAUUUUGUUGAUGACUCUGUAUUUCAGAAAAUUAAAGUAUCUAACGAUUUUUUGUUAGGUUGAAGCUCGUUUGUUAGAAGAACAAAGAAGAGUUCAAGUCUAUUUACAUGAAAGUACACAAGAUGAGGUAUGUUAUCCGUUUGGAUAUGCAGGUCACCAGAAGGUUACUCAGAAAACUACAUUAACCACUGUUAUGAAUUUGUGCAUGUAUUGUUUUUUUGAUCAUGCAAUGUCAAAGUCAAUCUGGUUGAUCUUAAUUCCUCUUUUUAGCUUGCCAGAAAAUGUGAGCAAGUUCUGAUUGAGAAACAUUUAGACAUCGUCUAUGCUGAAUUCCAAAACCUUUUAGAUGAUGACAAAAUUGAAGGUUUGUGGAAACGAACUCUAAAUACUAUUUAUUUUAAUCUGUUGUGUUAAUCUGGGCUUCUCAAGAGAGUUGUAACAGCUUUCAAGAGAUAGCAUAGCAUUUCUAGUUUUAUUUGUGUUACUCGUGCUGGUCUCCCAUAAGAGGUAGGACUUAGCUGCCCAUUUUUACAACAAGGGAUUGGUUUAAACACUGUGGUUAAUUUUUCAAUGCUAUCUGUGGGUUGGGUCCAGUAAUGACACCUUUUCAGGCUAAUUUCUUACAGAAGGAUAAGGGAAUGCAAAGGUUUGAUUUCAAAUUGCUAGUGUACUGUAAAAUUUUGUUUUGAAAGGUUUUGGUAACCAUUAGCAACAAAGGAAAAAGGAGACAACUGUACACAGUCUAUGUAUUUGGAAAAGCGUUACUUUUUAAAUUCAUGGCUAAAAUAUAUCUCUAUUGUCUCUGAUUGGUCUGUUUUAUGGUUAUUUUUAGAUCUUGGACGCAUGUACAACUUAGUUGCCAGGAUACCUGAUGGAUUAGGGCAGCUUCGAACGCUAUUAGAAAACCACAUCACAAGUCAGGGACUUAAUGCAUUAGAAAAAUGUGGAGAUCAAGCUUUCAAUGUUAGUGUAUAUUCAAUAUUGUGCUACUGUAUUUUUGUAAUUACCAUUUACAGUAACAUGUAUAUUAACUUUAGAGAAUAGACCUUUUUACCAAUACGGCGGCCAUAUUGAAUUAAUUCGAUUUAAGGAGUAUUAUAGGAUGCCCAGGGGGCAUGAGCACAUUUCGUUUGUAUUUUCAAGCGCCUUGCGGGACAUUUUUUCUUAAAGUUUUCUUAGAAUAAGUUUGUAAUGGGAAAAAAGAUCUUUGUGCCAUGUUUGGAUGUAAUAAUCAUCGCCUUUUUCCCGAGAAAUUUUAAUAUACAGUGAAAGAUUAUGUUUCUAAUACUAAACUAGAAAAAGGCGAUCAUUAUUACAUCCAAACACAGUACACGGAUCUUUUUCCCAUUACAAUCUUAUUCUAAGAAAACUUUAAGAAAAAAUGUCCCGAAAAGCGCUUGAAAAUACAGACGAAAUGUGCUCAUGCCCCCCUGGGCAUCCUAUAAUAAUCCUUAAAUCGAAUUAAUUCAAUAUGGCCGCCGUAUCGGUAAAAAGGUUUAUUACCAUCAAGUCUCUGCAGACAGUAAUUUUGAGGUGAAAAAAAAGAUGGAUCAGAACGCACCAAUUUGAUUUCGACUCUUCAUGGCCAAUAAAAUCACAGUUUAACUUACAGACAACCAAUAACAUCAUGACUUAAUUGACCAAUCAAGGCAAUAACCAGAGUAUAAUACCAUCAACUGACAUGAUGCAACUCACUUAGACUCUGAAGGUGACUACCACACAGGUUGUUGAAACAUCAGUCACUGUAAACAACAACAGUCCUAUUCAGGACUACGUUCACCUGGACGAUUAUGCUCAACCUACUUAUGAAAUGACUCCUGGGUUGAAGCAUUUCAUAAUAUUAAAAAUGAUAAUAAUAAUAAUAAUAAUAAUUUAUUAUUAUUAUUAUUAUUAUUAUUGUAGUGUUAAUGAUGGUGAUGAUGAUGAUUAGAGAGGUGAAUACUCUGCUACUCAACAUUUCAAUACAACAUCACAACUGGUAAAUGCCGUGUUUAUGUAAUCCUCCAGGACCCUAAGGUGUAUGUGGAAACAAUACUAGAAGUUCAUCACAAGUACAAUGCUCUGGUUCUGACGGCUUUCAACAAUGAUGCAGGAUUUGUAGCUGCUUUAGACAAGGUCAGUUUGCUUUUUGGCUACAAAACAACCAGUGCAAUAUUGUUCACAUGUCCAUCCAGAUAAUUCCCAUUUAAAAGGAUGGUUUAAACUAGCUGAAUCUGUUGUCUUUUAUUAAAAUAAUUAUGUUUAUUCUGUAUUUUUACAGGCUUGUGGCAAGUUCAUAAAUAAUAACUUUGUCACUAAACAAGCACAAAGUUCUUCAAAGUCUCCAGAAUUACUAGCAAGAUACUGUGAUUCCUUGCUUAAGAAAAGGUGUGCUUAAAUUUUCAAUAUAGAAAAUUUCAUCUUCUUAUCCCAGGGUACUGUAAGGCUCGGCCAUUUCAAUCCAUCUAUCCAUCAAUCAUUCAUUCAUUUCAAUCCAUCUAUCCAUCCAUCAAUUGAGUAAGUAUGAAAACAGUUUAUAAAUCUUUCCAUCUUCGACUUUUCGCCUUCUUCUCUUCAAUUGAUGUGAAACAGCUCUAGCUCAUAGUUCGAGGAGGCCUAACCUCUCAUAAGCUCCUAUAGUUUCUGUUAGGUCUCCUCGCCACUUCUUUUUUUUUUUCUUCUUCUUCUUUUCCUAUAUUUUUUGUAAUUAGUGUGGCAAAUAAAAUAAAAUAAAAAUAAAUAAAAUAAAUCAGUUAACUCUUUAAGCCCCAAUAUCCACAUACAAAUUCUCCAAACUCAUCUCUAUACAUUUCCUUAAGGAAUAAGUUGAGAGAAUUUGGUAGAAGAUCAAAGCAUUUUCUCUUAGGUGAUCAUUUUAUUAACUCUCAUAACCAUUUCACUCGGUAACAUAUGGAUAUUGUUAGGAGAAAAUUGUUGUUGGUCACUAUUGGGACUUAAAGGGUUAAUAGAGAGUUUAAGCUUCACGUAUACGCAAACGGAAGCGUCAGACUUUAGUUGAGAAUUUCUCCAAAUAGAAAAUGAGCAGAUAAAAACAGCUCAAAACAAUUCUUAUGGAUAAAAAAUUGCGUGAAACAACUAAUUAAGUUGUAGAAAUAAUGAACAGUAAACCACAAGUAAAGAGGAAGCUUGGUCACAUGGUAUAAAUUCGCGUUUGCCAUUUGACGUAAACGUGAUGCUUAACCUCUCAAAUGUCUUUAUUAAUGUGUCGGAAACCUUCUAGCACACCAUAAAUGGUGCACCAAACUAUAACACGCAGAUAUUGACCAGGGUAAAAAAUAUAUAGUUGAAGUCAAAGAUGGUGAAAGGAAGAGACUGCAUGAGACUGUUUUCAACUUGCACACAUGUAAAGUAGUGUUUCAAUUUUUAUUUGCGUCCUUUUCCAUUUUAAGAAAAAUCUUAAAUAUAGGUUAAAUACAGAUUCAAUAUACGAAUAAAUGGUUUUUGAUCUUUGUGGCAGCUAAAUGUUUGGUAUGCUUGGUCUUGAGAUAAUUUUUCACAUUCUGCUAGGGUACAUUAUUGUGCCGUGUCUCAAAGUCUAGGGGCAGUUCAAAUUUUUGUCUGCCUCCGUGGGUGUGCAAGGGUUGCGGGUAAAAUGUGUUUAUUGUUACUUUUCGAUGUUAUUUAAGCUCAAAGAAUCCAGGGGAAGCUGAACUAGAAGACAUUCUUAAUUCAGUGGUAAGUACUUGAUCAAGUUCGCUGAAAGUUUUGCGACAAAUGCUGCCGGUAAUUACUAUCGCCUCGUCCUUACGUUUACGAUGUAAAGAGAUGCAGCGAACUGUUUAUGACAUUUUCAGGCCCUAACUUUGUUCCUUUGAGCAAAUGAAAGUAACAGACCUCUACAAAGCGGCUUAUUGUUUACAUUUAUUUCUUUUUUACCCUCGUUCAACUUGGGGUAUAUUUUUGGAACGGACGUAUACAAAACAUGGACCCCCGGUCCAUGGGCCACCACUGUGGACCUAGUCCAUGAACCUCUUUCUGGACCCGGUCCAUGGACUCCCUCCGUGGACCACUCCUAAUUUUUGAAGGUGAAUUUUUACCAGAGGUCCAAACGAAUGGACGAAACUUUGUCAAUUUAUAUUAUCAGGAUUGAAGGCUCCACAUGCUCAAUUUUUUCUGAAUUCCAUACAUGGGUUCGGUUUAGUCUGGAAGGAGAAACUAUUUGAAGGGAACAUGAGGAGAAGGAGGGAGGAAGUAUUCACUUAUGAAGCUUUUUUGUGUCAUCGAGUUGCGUGAAGGUCGACUUGUAUACGUCCUUUUGACACUGUCGCAGGAAGGACGAAACUUGAAGUCAUCUUCACUUCAUCUGUCAGUUUUAUCCUCCACCAGUAGGCAGGCUUCCGUUCAAUGCUUUGGCGCAGAAUGGGCUUCCGAAACAUAAGAUAAGGGAAAACAAACAACCUAGUGUUGUUGUUUGGCUCUCAGACUGUACAUUGUUCGACUAGCUGAACUAAUCAGGCGCUCCGUUCGCUGGCGAGCGAAGGUUUUCAAAAUCCCGGGGUUUGUCUGCAAGCGUUUCCUUCCUUCCCCUCCCCAUCCCCCCUCUUUCAUUUUUUGGCUCUCGUUUCAUUUCUCGCGCGGCCAAAACCGAAAAUCCCGUUCCUUGCUCUGAAACCAAACGGAAGCGCUUGCUGCGCAGACUAUAUUUGAGUCAUUUGUAAUCUGUAGACUCUCGUUGUAUAAUUUCUUUAUGAGUUGAUUCUUUAUCACCUCUAAUUGUUGUUUUAUCUUUUUGUUUGUGCAGAUGGUUGUGUUCAAGUACAUUGAAGACAAAGAUGUCUUUCAGAAGUUUUAUUCCAAAAUGUUGGCAAAGAGACUGGUGCAACACAACUCCGCAUCAGAUGAUGCAGAAGCUAGCAUGAUAUCUAAACUAAAGGUAAAAUGAAAGAAUAUUAGAUGCAACAUUUUCAAGUGAGCAAAACCUAUAUUCAUGCCAUUCGCCCAUAAGUAUUCCGGAUUCUGGAAUCCGAGAACUCUUUACUUUUGGAACCCAGAAUCCGUGAACGUUUUGCUUCUGGAAUCGCGAAUCCCAGGCUUUGGAAUCCGUAAUCCAGCUCAAGGAGUCUGGAAUCCCGCUAACCAUUGGAAUCCACGAUAUAAGUUCCACUGAUAAGAAAUCCGGAUACCAGUAUCUGCAGUCCGAAUCCAAGACUGUCCUGGAUUAACUUCAAUAUGGUGAUGCCAUGUUUCUACAAUUUCUUGUCAUCUUUAGUUAUAGACGUUUGUGGCGUUUUAAAAAUAAGGAUAUUUGUUUCAUUUUUACUUGUCUUGUUGUCUUUGUUGUUGAUUGAUGCAGGGUUCGCACAGUCUUGAAAAGUCCUUGAAUUUUAGGGGAAGUCCUUGAAGAGUCCUUGAAUUCCAUUUGUCCUUGAAAAGUCCUUAAAUUGCUGUGCAAGUCCUUGAAAAGAGCUUGAAUUUUCUUCAACUUUGAAUGUAGUAUCCUGGAAAGAAUUUUUUGAUGCUUUUUGGUUGUCCAAGACAGAAUAUAAAUCGUAGCUCAGUGAAUGUAAAGGUCAUUUACAUAAAGUACUCCAUGUUUUAUGCAAUAAUUAACUAUCAGUUUAAGACAAGUGAACUGAAAAAUGUAGAGAAUUUGGUGAAGCAAACAGUUAAAGCGUUAAAGUCUUAUUAGAAUAUACUGAGAAUAUGCAUUUUUGUACAGUCUGUGAAAUUAUAUUCCUAGUGGGUUGUCCUUGAAAAUCUAAUAUGGUCCUUGAAAAGUCCUUGAAAAAUGGUUGCAAUUUUUUGUAUGAACCCUGUGAUGACCCUGCUAAAGGUCGGAGUGUUUUUUUUUUCCUUCCUUUACAGCAAGCGUGUGGUUUUGAGUACACAUCCAAACUUCAAAGAAUGUUCCAAGACAUAGGUGUUAGUAAAGAUCUCAACGACAAAUUCAAGAGUCAUCUAACCAAUACGGGAGCCUUAGAUUGUGAGUUGUCCUUCUUUCUCAGCUUGUGCCCGUUAUUAUUUUCCCUAUUUUCUUUUGUUGUCGUUGCUACUGCUGCUGCUCUUUAAUUUUUUGCUUUUGUGUUUCGUCUUAGUGGACUUUUCAAUCCAGGUUCUAAGUUCAGGAUCCUGGCCCUUUCAGCAAUCAGCACCAUUCUCGUUACCAGCGGAGGUACAGAUAUUUUUACUGUUUAACCCUUUCACCCCUAAAAAAAAUUCACUAAGAAAAUAAUUCAAAUUGCGAAAUGAAUACCACCGCGCAAAAGUUCUGCUAAAGAGGUUUCAUUUGAAUGGUAACACCUCAGGAUUUCGGCCACAGAUUUCAAAGUUAGAUGGAAUUAAGUUGAUAGUUCUUUCUAGUAUCAAAACUUACAUAUGACCAUUGCCAAACGAGUAAAGUGUUUUUUUCGCGGUUGAGGUUUUGGCCUCCCUGCAUUGAAAUGGAAUCUAAUUUGAUGUCAGUUUGUAUGAAAAUGAGUUUCAACGUGUCCUAAACGGGGUGUAUUUUCUCAAUUUUUGUCGCUAAAAUUUUGAUUUAAAGGGGUAUUUUAUAUUGUGACCGGAGGUCUUAGUACAAAGUCUCCUCAAAUGUCUCGCUAAUGGGCCUUUUGGUUUUUAUUUUAGAUGGAAAGAAGUCAUCAGCGUUUCACAACAUUUUACAGCAGUCAACACAGUGGUCGCAAACUUCAUUGGCUGUACCACAUGUCCAAGGUAAACAAUACACUUCCUCUAAAACUAUGUAAAAUACUGGAAAGUAAAUUUCCCACACGUUUAAAGACAAGUAGAUUCAAUCUAUACGUGUUGAAUCGUCGCUGCCGCAGGUGGAGAAGUAACUUGUACCUUUCAACUUUGACCCCUUAAGCCCAGCGUGUAGACACUUCACCACAGUGUUGCGAAAAGAAUCAACAAGCUCUGUUAAUUAACUUGCGUGCUUUCUUUUUAUCUUCAGGGUGAAUUGGUGACCAACUGCUUCAAGAAUCGCUAUACUCUCCAGGUGAGUAAUGAUACCGUGGCUUUUUGCCUUGAUGUUAUUGUGUCGUCGUUUCACCUGGUAUUAUCUUUGCUUAAUAUUUUCGUUGUUUCGAGUUCUAAAGAGGCUUUGUUCAUGAGAAUAUUGCUGUUUUACGUCAAUUCGGUGCUGAAGUCAUUACUUGGUGCCUUUAUCAAUAUACAAAAUGCUCCUGUAAAGUUAUGAAGAACAUAUCAAACAAACUUUAUCAGGGAAAACGAACCAUAAUUAUAAUUUUUUGGUGAUUUUUGGAGAUAUAGCGUUAAAACUUUUUCAAUUCAUGUCCAUCCUUUCCAUCUGUUGCAACAUACAACAGGAAACAGCGUCAUUGCCCAAAUAAAGUCUGAAAUAACAAAACUGGUCUAUUACCUUAGGAAUUCAAAGAAAAGAAAGCAAACGGUUUGCGUCAAUGUUUGUUUCGUUCUAGGCAUCCACCUACCAAAUGGGCGUUCUUCUGAUGUUCAAUAAUUCUGACAGUCUCACCCUGGAGCAGAUUCAGGAGCAGACACAGCUUAAAACGGUGGGCGUCCUGUGUUGGUUGUUACUUGCUUGUAUUUGCAUUUCAUAACAGGUUCCUCUAUGAGACAGACACUUCCCUAAGAUAGGGUGGGGCAGGGGAGUCCAAACCUCCCACCUCCCGUCGCUUGCAUUCCCGGCUACCGCCCCUUUUUACUUGGAUUCUUCCCUUUAUCUCUUUGGCAUUGUUGCUUAUUUCUCCCACUCCCCACCCCUUUAGUAUUCCCACCUCACCCCCUUUUCCCCUCAUGCCUCGUUUUGGUAAUGGGUUCAUGAUAACCGUCACGAAUCACCGUUUCAUCGCUAGUGUAGUUCUUUGUCCUAAUAUUGCGAUACUCCUGAGCUUUAAUCACCUACGAUAUUCUUGCAACUUGUUUGCAGGAUAUUCUUUCGCAAGUUCUUGGAAUCCUGUUGAAGUCGAAACUUCUUGUGAGUUAUUGCGUUUUUAACAGUUUUAUCAUGCCAACUUUAAUUGGACCGUUGGGGAGAGAUUCUAGCUUGUUUCCCUGUCAUUGUUCUGUAAGAUGACCCCCCCCCCCACUUAGUAGUGGGGAAAAUUUGGAUUCCGAAUCAAGCAGCGCAUAAAUAAUUUUGUAAUGUAAUAUUCUCCUAAAGAGCGUUUUCACAAGACGCCACGUCCGCCAUGUUGUUGUACGAAAAGAAUUCUUUUGGGGUUUGAAGUCUUUUCUCAUGUAAAAACUUUCCGUUUUUCCAAGAAAUUUGCAAAGCUGCUGACCACGUGAGUGAAAACGCUUUAUUCAGUGGGGAAAAACUGUGAGAAAAAGCGAGAAAUUACGACUGCUACUUAUCAAGAUUGCAUAUGUUACCUUUAUUUAUCCUGGUUGGUCGAAAGCUUCAGAUCGGGUCUUACGUAAAACAUCUCUAGCUAGAGGUUAGAAACUGACUUAAACCCUGCAGCCAGCGGAUUUACGUGUAACACCCUAUCCACUGAAGAACAAAUUAGGUAUAGCGAGGAUUUAUGGAAGAAAAGACUGAAGAGUAAUAUUAACAGCCCAAAAACUGUCCCUAACCAGCUGUGACUAUUUGUAUUUCUAUUAGGUCUGCGGUACAUCAGAAGACGGCUCCAACCUAGAUCAACAAUCUUCAGUUAGUCUUUACCUUGGAUACAAAAAGUGAGUGGACACAAAUCUCUUUCGCUUGUUUACAAAUAUAAUCAGCAGUUGAUACAAAGUUAAGUAGAAACUUGUAGUAGUCACUUCCAGAUUGUAUGAAGUCACACAAUAGCCAGAACAGUGAGCGUGAUGUGAGACCGGAUCGCGAGGAGCCACGCGUGAGCAGAACGCGCAAGGGGACGUUCGCGCGUUUUCUCGCCGCUCGCAUUGCUUGCCAACCAAAGUGAAAGGCUUGUUCGCACUCUAUAGACCGGGCCUACUGUUAUUCGUCGCUAUCCCUAAAAGAAAAACUAACUAUUUGUAGAUACCACUAAAGGAAGGGCUUUGUCCUCAGUUGUUUAAGACCCUGAGUGUUGGUUGGGCUGGGAAACGAACCAGGGGCAACAGCUCUUAAGUUAAGUAUCCGACCAAAACUUGGGUUUACUAGUCAGUGGUGAUCCUAGCAAACUUUAUCUCGGCUUUUUCUGAAACCUUUCAAAUAACCGAGCUUCAUAAUAGUCAAAACACUUUAUUUUUGUUGUAAAUCAUGUUCUUAUUCUCCGUAAUAAAUGGCUGGCUGUCUAACCCGGCGGAUAUUAUAUUUCCUGAUCUUGUGGCCUGUUUAUUUACUGUGCAGUAAGAAACUGAGAGUAAAUAUCAACGUGCCGAUGAAAAUGGAGCAGAAACAAGGGCAAGAACAAACACAUAAAUACAUUGAAGAGGACAGAAAACUUCUUAUACAGGUGAGAUGCUUAAGUAGUCCUGAAAGGGUUUUUCGUUGUUGUUGUUGUUGUUGUUGUUGUUUACAGUAGAAACCUUUAGAUUCUAAGACGAGAACGACUACGAGUACGAGAUUUUCUCUAUACUGAGUUUUGCGCACGCCUGAACCAGCGUCAUUUUGGCGGGAAAACAUGACAGCCGUCGUCAUUCUACUACAAGUUUUAACGAAAAUGUCGUAGUUGUGGAAACCAGUUUUCAUCAGUUUGCGUUCGGGAGAGGGCUUAACCUCCUUCAGUAAAAAGGACCGUGCUAACUUUUCUGGUGAAAAAAACCGCCAUGAAGCUUUCCGGGGUGUUGACUUUUUGAGAAUACGCGAAAAAGUUUCGAGUUAAAUCUCGUCCUCGAGUCUAAAGGUCUUCAGUAAGAGUAAAUUUGAUAACUAUUACCGGGCGUCGCAGACAAUCAAAAUCCGCAAUAAGUAUAGUUCCCCAUCUACUGCACGUCUCCAGUGACAAGUCCGGCUGCCGCGAAGGCUAGACAAACAGACUGUGGACUACUGAAAAAAACUACUUAAGGGCUCAGUCCCGGAACGUGCAUUUUGCUACAGCGUUAGAACUUAAAGCUGUCAAGAGGAGAACUCAGCGAGGAUUUUUGGUGAGGAAAACUCUUGGAAUGGUGUCAUUAUUUUGAGCUGUCAGCUUAAAGCUUAGUUUCACUUUGUUGAUUUUACAGGCCGCGAUCGUGCGGAUCAUGAAAAUGAGAAAGAUGUUAAAACACCAACCUCUGGUGGCCGAGGUUCUAUCACAGCUGUCAAGCAGAUUCAAACCUAGAGUUCCUGUCAUUAAGGUACAGCUUUGUCAAUUCAAUCAUUCGUGUGCGCUUGCGUGCGUGCGUGCGCGCGUGCGUUCGUUCGUUCGUUCAAAACACGAAAGAACAUUGAUACAGGAACAGUGCGUGCAAUAUGUUGCAGUCACAUUUCGGUCAAUAUUACGCUCAACAUGCUAAGCUGCUUGCAGGCGUAUGACGCACGAUAUUUCUAACAACGACCUUUUUUUUUUACAAAAAAUACAUUGCCUUGAUCUCCCAAACAGUUAUAAACUCAGGAGUAGAAGAAAUAUUAGCACACUGAAAAGAAAUGAGCAGCAGCAGAUUGGCUCCUACACUGGCGUUGUUUGUAAAGGAGCGUUGCGUAACGAUCAAUGAACGGAUGUGUAGGACCAGCGGCUUCAUUCAAAUGUACUGAUUUGCUAAAGAUUGAAAGUUGAGUCACACCAUUACACAAAUUGUUAUAGAUGUCGGACAUAAGGUGGAAUUUAUUUCCUGUACUUCCUGUAAUCUAAAGCAACAUAACGCAAAACAUUAUCAGCAGUGGACACACGAUGCGAUUUAGUAAUUGUGCGCAAUAUUGCAGCCUCGGGACGUUUAGGCCAUGUGCCGUCGAAGUCUGUAAACGUUUACAGGCUUAGGUAUUACGGCUGUCCACAUUUGAGCGAUAUUUUUUGCGAUUUCAUUUAACUAUGAUCUUAUUCUGAAGACCAUCGACGAAAAUAUCCGUUUGUAUCGGUCCUUUUUGGACAGAAGCCGUAAAUGUGAAUAGGGAGCUUUAGCAUCGACGACGGUGACGGCGACGGCAACAAAAAUGUCACAAAAUGAAUUCGCGUUUUUUCAAACUCUGUUACAUUAAUUAUUCCGAUUCGCUGAAAAUGACAAAUUUAGAAAAAGAAAAAAAAUUCUCCGUCGUGUGUUUACGUUUUCCAGAAGACCUCGGAUAAGGAAAUUUUACGACGUGUUCGUGCAUUGACGGCAAAUUAAUGUACCACAAAGUGUGCUGCACGUGCAAAAUUUCUGUUUUUUGAUGUUUUCGUUGCCGUCGCCGUCCCCGUUGCUUUUGUUACCUUGUAUGUGUUCACAAACGUGAAUGCUACUCGUGUGCACAUUGCCUUUGUGAUCCGGUUUUGUGGAGUGCAGUGCAGUGCACGGGGUGCGUUAUUUCAAUGACCCGUCGCGUGAUACUUAUUGACUCUUCUUUUGAUUGGUUUUAUUCUUCAGAAAUGUAUUGAUAUCUUAAUCGAAAAAGAAUAUCUUGAGCGAGUGGAGGGAGAGAAAGACACUUACGCUUACUUGGCGUAA